ACUAACCACAGUUUUUUCAUAUUAUUCUCUUUCAAAACACAAUAUUUUUUCGUCAAAGCAUCAAAUUCCUUUUCAAUCGUCUAGCAGAUUCCUAAUUUCUGUUGGGAUUUCAAUAUCAGUCCCUUCUUCAAGAUUGUAUAGAAGGAAAAAUAAUGCAAAAAAAAAAAAGAUGAACUUGGCCCAAAGUGAGUCCACAAAAAUGGGCUAUUGUCCAUGAAUAAGAAUCCUAGCAACAAUUUUUAUGUUAUAGAUAGAUAAAUACGACAACCCCGCUCCGGUUCACAAACCGACAUUUAACUUUCCUUACCUGCCACUGGUCAUGGACGAACAGCAACUGCAACAGCCUCAGCCAACCCCUAAUGCUCCUUCUUCCACCACUGACCCACCUCAACAGCCACAACAACCUCCACCAUCACAACCAACACCCACGCAGCCGCUAACGCCACCAAUUCAACAACAACCAACCCAAACCUCGACCUCAACAUCGACCACCCCUAACCCCGCCCCAAUCCCAAAACCCUUACCGUCCCCAACACCAUCCCCACCCCAACAGCCACCGCAACCGAAACCAACUCUCCCCACUUCUCUGCCCAGACCCACCGCCGCCGCAUUCGCGAGGCCCUGGCAACAGGACUCCUCCCACUUCACCCAUUUCUCUUCCUCUUCUCCCUCCGUCUCAUCGAUCCCUUCGCCUACUCUUUCCUCUCAGCCGAGUGGCAGCAUUGCCUUAGGUGUUCCCUCGUCGCAUUCUAGUCCUUCUCCUCCAUCUCCUUCACCUUCCCAACCCACUUCGUUUUCGGGUUCUUUUGGCCGUUCCUUCGGCGGAGCUUCUAGUUCCAAUGCUUCCCAGGUAAGGCCGACAAUGCAAGGAAUGGGGAUUGGAUCAUCAAUUGCUUCAAGUUCUCAAAUGAGGCCAUCUGGAAUUUCUGCUCAGUAUCAACAAAGGCCUGUGCAAUCAUCUCUUAGACCACCUUCUUCACCGACUAGCCAGUCCCCUGCCAUUCAAAAUUUCCAAGGGCAUGGCAUUAUGAGAGCGUCAGCUGUUGGUUCUUCAGGUUCUUCAACACCAACUACAGCACAAACUACGCAAUCCCCUAGUCAGCCAUGGCUGUCUUCUGGAUCCCAAGGGAAGCCUCCUCUGCCACCCCAUUCAUAUAGACCGCAGAUUAACUCACCAUCCUUGCAGCAAAGGUCACAUAUUCAUCAGCAACAUCAUUCCUUGCCAACAGUUUCACAACAACAGCACGUAUCGUCUCCUCAGGUGCCACAGUCUAUACCAUCACAGCAGCAGCAGGAACAUUUCGGACAACAAUUUUCACAAUCAAGGGCCUCACAAUCUUUGCCCCAUCAACAAGUUUCAAGAGGUGUGGGUUCUGCAAAUCAAAAGCCUGCUUCUCUUGCAAUGGUACAAACAAGCACAGUCCAUCCGCCGAACCAAAAUAAAGCAGCUAUUACAGAAACUGAUGAGUCUGGUGGUAGGAUUCUUAGCAAAAGAAGCAUUCAUGAGCUUGUUAACCAGAUUGAUCCAUCUGAGAAGUUGGAUCCCGAAGUUGAAGAUAUUCUUGUGGAUAUUGCAGAAGACUUUGUGGAUUCUAUCACGACAUUUGGUUGCUCACUGGCUAAGCAUAGAAAAUCAGAUACAUUGGAAGCGAAAGACAUUCUCCUUCAUCUUGAAAGAAACUGGAAUAUGACUCUUCCGGGAUUUAGUGGUGAUGAGAUUAAGACUUACAGGAAACUGCUUACAAAUGAGGUUCACAAAGAGCGGCUUGCAGUGAUAAAGAAAUCAAUCUUAGUGAGUGAGGCAGCCAAUGCUAAGCACUUUGUUGGUCAAGCUGCUGUAAAUGCAAAGGGUAACCUUGGAAAAGCAGCUGCUAAUAUCUUUGGCUCACCAAAUGUUAAAGUACGAGAAGUAACAUGAGGCUCCUUUUUUGACAGUGUUGCAUGUCAGAAACUAUUUUCCAUUGAAGGAUCAAUUGCCUGUAAAUAAUAUCAACGCUGCAGAAGAACCAAACUUUUUUGCUCUACCUAGGAUGCGCAUAGAUGAAUUUUGAAGAUUCUAUGUGCACAUACAUCUCCAAUGCCACCUCGGAGCUACGUUGAGGAUUUUUAAAAUUUAACAAGUUGGUGCCGUCGGAUAUUGUAUUCAUCACCAAUGUUCAUUAUCUCAGCAUCUAGUCUAAUUGCACAGGCAAAGCGAUGGCUGCUUUUUCAAUUGUGACACGGCGGGCAGGGCAUGCAGUAAGAUAUUUGCAGAAAAUUUGCCAAAAACCAAACCGUGAUUGUAUCUCUAGUUUUUGGAAAUGAAAGAAUCUUGGGUAAAAGCAAAGGGUUAAAAAUUGUAGUUGAAUCUAAUUGUGCUUGUGGAGUUUAAUAUAAGUAAUUAAUUUGUUGCAAUUAUUAGAAAUAAAAUUCAACAAAAAAAAGAAGAUUUAGAAUAGUUUUGAUUUGAGUAUGUUGUCGGAUAGGGGGGAAAUUGGUGUAAGGAGUAGACAGGUUCGGAUGUGGACUCAAGCAUGUGCUGAGGAUAUUCAAUUAUGCUGACUGCCCUGAUCAUCGGACCAUACGCCGUAUCCCAUUUAUUUUUUUUUUAAAGUUAGUCUCUUCUGAGUAUCCGUUGCAAUGUGCUACGUUGCGGGUUAUUCAGCUCUAAGUACGCCCAUGUUUCAACA